AUGGCAUCAGAGAUCCACAUGCCAGGCCCAGUAUGCCUCAUUGAAAACACUAAAGGGCAUCUGGUGGUGAAUCCAGAAGCUCUGGAGAUCCUGUCUGCCAUUACACAGCCUGUAGCAGUGGUGGCAAUUGUGGGCCUCUACCGCACAGGCAAAUCCUACCUGAUGAACAAGCUGGCUGGGAAGAACAAAGGCUUCCCUCUGGGCUCCACGGUGCAGUCUGAAACCAAGGGCAUCUGGAUGUGGUGCGUGCCCCACCCCUCCAAGCGAAACCACACCCUGGUCCUUCUGGACACCGAGGGUCUGGGCGAUGUGGGAAAGGUAAGGCAGGGAGUCAUAGGCAGGUUCUUUUUAUUCCAGACAUGAUCCUUGUAAUUUAAUUGUUGUGAUACAUUUGUGAAAACUAGAAAUCCAACUACAGUGAAUAAGGCAAACUUUGACCUAUUUGAGUCACACUUCUAGACAAGAUUAGAUAUCAAGGUAUAUUAGGUAAAACAUUCUUUUAUUUCUUGGCACAGUGGUGAAUGAUUUGAUUCAAUUUCAUAAAAUCUUGUUAGCAGUUGAGUUCCAGGCCUUUGGGCUGAGUAGCAUAGACACUGGUGAACAAAGUAAAGGUCCUGCCCACAAAGAGCCCUCAAGGUGUAGAAUGAUUGGGAAAGAAGUAGGUUGCCGAGAGGGAGGAGAUUGGAAUGCAGUGCAGUCCCUGCCCUCCGUCAAUUCCACAGGGAGCUCUGUGGCUGGAACGGCCCUUUUGAGUUAUCAUGUUUUGGGACAAGGGUGCUAGGCCUUCAUCCCUGGUGCUGGUCAAUCACUGGAAGUCUGUCCUGGAAAACUUUCUCAUUAAGAGAGCUGACACCUGUGAUCCAGGCAGCACCUCACAGCUUUCACCACGUACAGUUGCGUAUAACAGUGCCUUGAUAAGAAAGAGAAGAGGUAUUGACUCCAAUCUCAGGAGAUGAAGAAAGGCCUCUCACCCACCUUCUGAGCUACCACGUGAAGAGUACACUUGAGGGUUGGAAUUAAGAGAGUUCAGUUUAUAUUUCUCAUGAUGAAGCUCAUCAACUACCCACAGAGCAUUCCGGAAGGCUUUGAGACACUUCUGAUUGUGCUUGUCAUGUAAAAGUAUUUGUUCUUUCUACAGUAAACAUUAUAAGAUGAAUUUUUGGUGUUUAGCUUCUUAUG